GGGCUGCUGUCAAAAGAGCUGCUGAAAGGGCGUUAAAACAGUUUUAAUGAUACAUCUUGUCGCCAGCAUUAUUCGGGAGACAUGAGCAAAUAUAUUUUUCCAGCCUCUGUGUUUGGAACAGUGUUUGGAUGCGCUGUUUUGCUCAAGAACCAUGUGACUGGAGGCCGGUGUCCCAGUAAGGCUACCAUUAAUGGGAAGACUGUGGUCAUAACAGGAGCCAACACAGGCAUCGGGAAAGAGACGGCCCAAGAACUGGCAAAGAGAGGGGGUCGGAUCAUUAUGGGAUGUAGGGACAUGGAGAAGUGCGAGGCAGCUGCGAAGGAAAUACGUGGGAAGACCCUGAAUCCCCACGUUUACGCGUGUCGCCUCGACCUAGCCUCCGUGAAAUCCAUCCGAGAGUUUGCAGAGAGAAUCAAGCGAGAGGAGCAGCGUGUGGAUGUACUGAUAAACAAUGCCGGGGUCAUGAGAUGUCCAGCAUGGAAGACAGAAGAUGGCUUUGACAUGCAGUUUGGAGUUAACCACUUAGGCCACUUCUUGUUGACAAAUCUGCUGCUGCAGAAGUUGAAAGAGUCCGCCCCCAGCAGAGUGAUCAACCUGGCCUCGCUCGCCCACAUCGUUGGAAAGAUCGACUUCGAGGACUUGAACUGGGAGAAGAAGAAGUUUGAUACCAAGCAGGCGUACUGUCAGAGCAAGCUUGCCAAUGUUCUGUUCACCAGAGAGCUCGCCAAGCGAUUACAAGGCACAGGAGUCACAGUGAAUGCUGUGCACCCAGGCGUUGUUGCCACGGAGCUCGGGAGGCACACGGGUCUCCACCAAUCACAGUUCUCGAGCUCUAUGCUCAGUCCCUUUUUCUCCAUGUUGGUGAAGAGCCCAGAGCUGGGGGCCCAGCCCAGCGUCUACCUGGCCGUGUCCGAGGAGAUGGAAGGGGUGACGGGAAGGUACUAUGAUGUGAUGGCAGAAAAGGAGCCGGCGCCCCAGGCCCUGGACGAGGAGGCAGCUCGCAGGCUGUGGGAGGUCAGCAGCAGGCUGGUGGGUCUGGAGGAGGAGGGACAGUCUGUCAAGUCAGACCCGGCAGCAGAAGGACAGAGCAAAGCUGCACAGACAGACCCAGAGCAGAUACACAGACAGAGGCCAGGGUCAGCUGUCAGUGCUGUGGGGCUGUAGGUCUGCUCUGGCCCCUGGGCCAGCAGAGGACAAUGGAUCUUUAUGGCUUGAGCUGUGCCAGGCUCAUUGGAACAAUGAACUGUCUGAGUCUGUGAUUCUGCUUGUCUGUAUAAUGGCAGUCUUUUGUACAUGCCUUUGUGUUCCUGCAUCAGGAUAUUGUCUUUAAAACAUGUUUAACAAGCAGCCUUUAACAAUGGA